AUGGCAAUGCUCGCAAAGUCAAAAAAUAUAGUAUCUUUGGUCCGAGAAUUAAAACCCCGUAAAGAUACGUCCCGUAUUGAAGUUAGGAUUAUUCGGUUGUGGAAGAACUACAACAAAGAAUCAGGAAACACUAUUGAAAUGGUUUUUGCUGAUAGAGAAGGGACAAGAAUUCAUGCUUCAGUUGGUGAACAACUCAUUAAAAAAUAUGGUGAAAGGCUACAUGAGGGAGAUGCAAUUGUCGUCCAGUUGUUCAGGUCUUCUUCGAUGCAAUUGGUGAAUACCAUUUUCCAAGUGAAGUUCCUGAAAAGAAUUUUGCGGAUUUUUACCGACAUUCUGGAAGGAAAGAUUGAUAGCAGCUGCUUAGUUGAUAUUAUUGGACAAAUAGUCAACUUUGGGUCGCUGGAAAACAAAAGCAUUAAAGGCAAAGAUAACAUGAGGCUUUUGAUCGAGCUACGUGACCAUAGUAAUGUCAAGAUGAUGUGUUCUGUUCCAUUAAAGAGUGGAAAGACAAUAUAUAUGAUGAAUGUUCUCCAGGGGUUUACUCCAUAUCUAGCGGGUUUAAUUCCACCCACUUUGCUAAACCCAACGUGUUCAUUGGUUGAUGAGUUUAAAUUGUGUCUUCCUGAUGAUUCACUUGCUAUUACAAACAAGGAUAGUAGCCAAUGGAGUGUUGCUAGUGCUACAUCU